AUGGAUUUUGCUACAACUUCCGAGACUCCAAGUUUAGCCAUCUCCACAGAGGACAACAUCCAGACAUCCUCAGCUGCCAUCAGCCAAGGCUGUGUUAUACUGAAAGACAGAGUCAUUCCAAACACUGUUUUGUUGUCUGCUGCAACUUCUGUGACUCCAAAUUCAAUCAUCUCCAGAGAGGCCAGCACCCAGAUGUCCUCAGCUGCCACCAGCCAAGGCUAUGUUUUACCCGAAGGCAGAGUCAUUCUAAACACUGUUUUUGUUGGCGGAAUUGGUCUUAGGAUGGAUGAAACUGAAAUCAGGGGUGUCUUUGCUAGAUUUGGCUCAGUAAAUGAAGUGAAGAUAAUCAGUGAUAGAUAUGGUUUGUCCAAAGGCUAUGGGUUUGUGUCAUUUUGUAACAAUGUGGAUGUGCAGAAGAUAGUAGAAUCACAGAUAACAUUUCAUGGUAAAAAGCUAAAUCUUGGCCCUGCAAUCAGGAAACAAAAUAUAUGUGAGUAA